AUGUCAUUGAAAACUUGCUGUCUCGUCCUGGCAACUGUGGGCCUUGCAGCCGCACAAACCAGUGUCGUUUCUCUGUUUAUUCCCUUUGCCGACCCGCAACCACUGGCAGCCUCAAUCAUAGGGGAGAGCGCCGGCACAACCACAUACAGCAUCAAUUGCCCUCCCGGCACUGAUAGCUCAGACUGCGGUAUGGGCCCAGGGCUAUAUAUGACAGCGGGCCCAACGACAAUGCGAUAUAGCAUGAGUGAGCCGGAAGUGGACUUCUACGAAAGUAUUCUUUGCUCUCUCGGCGGUACCACCACUGCCGCUUGCACUGAGGUCGCGAGCGGCACUGGAGCCAAUUUCCCUGGAACCGAGACAGAUACCUUCGCCAAAACCGAUAUUACCAUGUUGGCUGUGACUGUUACCGCGGGCCCGACGACUGCCACUUCCACGUCUACCACGACCGACUUGAAGCACACCUCUAGCAAUGAUAAGACUGGCACCACUGGAUCCGCUUCCAGUACCUCCGGGGCUGCAUCUACCAGCCAGGCUUCUGCUACUAGCACUGGAGGUCUUUCCCGGGUAACCGGCAACUCCGGCGUUGCUCUGGGAGGCGCUGCAAUCGCGCUGGUUGCCGCUGCCCUGUAA